CCCGCCACUGCUGCACUAGGCCCCCACCCAGGAGAUCCCAGCAGCCCUGUACAUCCCCCCUGCUCUGCUCCUUUUGCCCAGGUCAUCGCAUACUCGGAGCGCCGGUAUCGCAUCUUCGGGGAGACCAUCGACAUCGCCGUGGGCAACUGCCUGGACCGCUUCGCCCGUGUGUUGAAGAUAUCCAAUGACCCCAGCCCUGGCUAUAACAUUGAACAGAUGGCGAAGAAGGGACAGAAGCUGGUGGAGCUGCCCUACACAGUGAAGGGAAUGGAUGUGUCCUUCUCAGGGAUCCUGUCCCACAUAGAGGAGGUGGCUCACAAGAUGCUGGCAUCAGGAGAGUGCACCCCGGAGGAUCUCUGCUUCUCUCUCCAGGAGACGCUCUUUGCGAUGCUGGUGGAGAUCACAGAGCGGGCCAUGGCGCACUGCGGCUCACAGGAGGCCCUCAUCGUGGGCGGCGUCGGCUGUAACAUGCGGCUACAGGAGAUGAUGCGGAUCAUGUGCGCAGAGAGGGGAGCCAAGCUGUUUGCUACAGAUGAGAGGUUCUGCAUUGACAAUGGGGCCAUGAUCGCACAGGCCGGCUGGGAGAUGUUCCGCACAGGGCAGGUGACGCAGCUCGAGGAUUCAUGGAUCACGCAGAGGUACCGGACAGACGAAGUGGAUGUGACCUGGCGUGAUUAACCCGUUCCCUCCCACGCGUAGGAUGGUCCCCAAAGUGGCUGCUGCCCCCACGGGGCCUGUGCAGAGUAGGGUGGCCACGGCCCGAGGGCCCUGCUGGCUGGAACUCAGCCCUAACACACAAUAAAGACGUUUGCUUUUGUAA